GCCGUGUUUGUGGCCGGCGACACGGAACCGCACGGUGUCGUAGAUAGCGCGAGUGCGCGUGGAAGUGGUGUGGUCGCGACUGUCUUGUGCACUACACGCAGCGCGGCGUGCUGGCGAAAUGAAGAUAUCAGAACUGGCCGUCGCUGCGGUCGUGGCGCUGUGCUGCGCCCAGACGUGUGCGGGAGCCAACAUCCUGGCCGUGUUCCCGCACGACGGCAAGAGCCACUGGAUAGUCUUCCGCGAGCUGCUGGCCGAGCUCUCCAAGAAGGGUCACCGCGUCACCGUGCUGACGCGCUUCGUGGAAGAGGGACACCAGGGCUGGGAUGUCAUACCCCUCAAGGCUCGCAUGGGAAGCGACGACGAUUUUGACUUUAUCCAGUUCGGCGCGCUUUCGUCCCGCGAGGAAUUCAUGAUACUGUUCCACGUCGGGACGAUAUUCUGCCACAAGCUGAUGGAAGACGAGGGCGUCCAGAAGCUGAUCAACAUGCAAGAGGACAAGUUCGACCUGCUGAUAAUAGAGGCGUUCUUCCACGAUUGCCUGAUGGCCCUGGCGCACAAGUUCAAGACGCCCGUGGUGGCGGCGAGCGCCCUCGGGGGCGGCGCCUCGUGGGUGAACGACAUGGUCGGUAACCCUUACCCCCUCUCCUACUUCCCCGAGAAGACGUUCCCCUACACCAGCCACAUGGACUUCCUGGAACGCGCUCACAACGCCUUCAGCUCGCUGAUGUUGAGGCUGCACCGUCAGUACGUAUACCUCCCGGCUCUGGACGAGAUCGUCCGGAAGCACUUCAGAGACCCCAGCAUGCCGCCGCUGGCCGACCUGGAGCGCAACACGUCCCUCCUGCUCCUCAACUCACACUUCAGCUUCGACUACCCGCGGCCGCUCGUCCCGAACGCUGUGGAAGUGGCGGGGAUGCACAUCAAACCGCCCAAGAAGCUUCCACAGGAUCUGCAAACAUUCAUGGAUGGUGCGACAAAUGGUGUGGUAUUCUUCAGCAUGGGCAGUGGCAUCAAAAGUGCCAACCUUCCAAAAGACAUGCAGAGUGCCUUUCUCAGUGUAUUCUCCAGGCUGAAGCAGAAGGUGCUCUGGAAGUAUGAGAAGGACUCACUGCCAAACCAGCCAGCUAAUGUGAGGAUUGGAAAAUGGUUUCCACAAAGCGACAUACUUGCUCACAAGAAUUUAAAGCUCUUCAUCACCCAUGGGGGAGUGAUGAGUAUGCAGGAGGCACUGUAUUCCGGAGUUCCACUUCUUGGGUUUCCAAUAUUUGGUGACCAGGAGUCCAACCUCCUGAGGGCACAAAGUGCUGGCUACGCAAUUAUGCUGGCACUGAACAAUAUCACUGAGGAGUCCAUUGGUUGGGCUGUAAAUGAGCUGCUCACAAAUCCUAGCUAUAUGCAGAAUGCGAGGAAGUAUUCGCAGCUGUUCCACGACCGGCCAGAGAAACCCCUGGACAGGGCUGUGUACUGGGUAGAGUACGUCCUACGUCACAGGGGGGCCUACCACCUGAGGUCGGCGGCACUGGACCUCGCCUGGUACCAGUACCUGCUGCUGGAUGUCAUCGCCUUCGUCCUGCUGUGCGCCUUAAGUGUUUUGGUAAUAGUAGUUAUAGCAGUAAAAUUAUUAAUAAGGACCUUCUUCCGGAAAAGUGACAAAGUAACAAAGAAAAAGAAAAACACUAAAAAUGAAUGAAUGUUUUUUUCUGUUGAUAAAACAGAAUGCUAUAUGCAUUAUACAAAAUAUCUCAGGAAAUCAUAGUAAUUACUUAUUAACAGUGUUUAACUUAAGCUACUGGAUCAUACUGUAAGGGAGGAGAAAUAAAUUUUUUACUGUUCAUAUGAA